GAGAGGCGGCCCCUGCUCUGGGACUGAAGCGGAAGUAUUUCAGGUACUCAGAAGUGAGCGCCCCAUCAGAGAUGGCUCCUGGCAGCGUGACCCUGAGGGCUGCCGUCCUCUGCCUCCUGGCCUGGGCCGGCCUGGCUGCGGGUGACCGCGUGUACAUACACCCCUUCCACCUCCUCGUCCACAGCAAGAGCAGCUGCGACCAGCUGGAGAAGGCCAGCGCAGAGACACCCACGGACCCCACCUUCGUGCCGGUGCCGAUUCAGACCCAGACGCCCCCCGUGGACGAGGAGGCCCUGUGCCACCAGCUGGCACUGGCUGCCGAGAAGCUGGGGACUGAAGACAGGCUGCGGGCCACCAAGGUUGGGAUGCUCGUCAACUUCAUGGGCUUCCGCAUGUACAAGAUGCUGAGCGAGACCUGGAGCGGGGCCGGCGGGGCCGUCCUGUCCCCCACGGCUCUCUUCGGCACCCUGGCCUCUUUCUACCUGGGGGCCCUGGACCCCACGGCCAGCAGGCUUCAGGCGCUCCUGGGCGUUCCUGGAGAGGACCUGGGCUGCACCUCCCGGCUGGAUGGGCACAAGGUCCUCUCUGCCCUGCAGACCAUCCAGGGCCUGCUGGUCGCCUCGGGUGGCGCCGGUGGCCGGGCCCAGCUGCAGUUGACCACCGUGGUGGGCCUGUUCACGGCCCCCAGCCUGCGCCUGAAGCAGCCCUUCAUGCAGGGCCUGGCCCUGCACACCCCCGUCGUCCUCCCGCGCUCUCUGGACUGGUCCGUGGACCCGGACCUCGCUGCCGAGAAGAUGGACAGGUUCGUGCAGGCCGUGACCGGGUGGAAAAUGCACAGGCCCCCGUCGGGAAUCAGCGCAGACAGCACCCUGCUUUUCAACACCUACGUCCACUUCCAAGGGAAGAUGAAGGGCUUCUCCCUGCUGGCUGGACCCCAGGAGUUUUGGGUGGACAACAGCACGUCGGUGUCCGUCCCCAUGCUCUCAGGCGCGGGCACCUUCCAGCACUGGAGCGACGCCCAGAACAACUUCUCGGUCACUCGCGUGCCCCUGAGCGGGAGCGCCGGCCUGCUGCUGGUCCGGCCCCACCGCGCCUCCGACCUGGACAGGGUGGAGGCUGUCGCCUUCCAGCACGACUUCGUGAGCUGGGUGAAGAACCUGUCUCCCCGGGCCAUCCGCCUGACCCUGCCCCAGCUGGUGCUGCGAGGCUCCUACGACCUGCAAGACCUGCUCGCCCAGGCCAAGCUGCCCACCCUGCUGGGCACCAAGGCGAACCUGGGCAGAAUCAGUGAUGACGCCGACCUCCGAGUGGGCCAGGUGCUGAACAGUGUCCUGUUUGAGCUCAUGGCGGACGAGAGAGUGCAGCCCACAGAGUCUGUCCAGCAGCCCACCGGGCCCGUGGCCCUGGAGGUGACCCUGGACAGCCCGUUCCUGUUUGCUGUGCACGAGCGAGAGUCCACCGCCCUGCACUUCAUGGGCCGCGUGGCCAACCCGCUGAGCACGGCGUGAGUGCGGGCACUGCCAGGCUGCUGCGUGUACAACCUGGCACGGCCAACCGUCUGCCACCACGUCUGCAUCUUUCCUCCCACUGGUCAACGUGGUGUCCUUCCUCGGCAUGCACGGGCCGGCCGGGCUGCUGGCUUGUGUCUGGAGAGGGGUUAGGACUGCUGUUCCCUGCAGAGUUCCAACAGACACGCUUGUCUGACACCAAAACAGGUUCCCUCUUAAAAUGAGAACAGAAAUGGGGUUUUCAAAUUAAAAUAUACACUUUUUCA